AGCAGUCAUAAUUCAUUACUAUCCCAAAUUGUUCAAAUUGGUCGAAGAACCGUGAUAGUGCAAGUAAAAUAGCCGAGUUUGAAUGUGUGUCUGAUCGCGAUGCCGUUCAAUUGAGUAUCUAUUAUUGUAUUGUUAUAAACCAAACAUGGAAAAGUAUGUGCUAAGUGAACUUAUUGGAGAAGGUUCUUUCGGAAAGGUUUAUAAAGCUGUGGAGAAAUCUUCCGCAACCACUGUUGCUAUCAAAAUUAUAAACAAGCGAGGCCGAUCCGGGCGUGAAUUGAAAGGGUUGAGAGGAGAAUGUGAAAUACAGCGAAAUCUUAAGCAUCCAAACAUUAUUCGCAUGUUGGAUUCUUUCGAAACCAAUAACGAAAUUAUAGUAGUGACCGAAUACGCUAAAACUGAUUUACACAGUUUGCUUCGUGAUGGAUCACUUGAAGAACCAAGGACUCAACGUAUCACCUUCAAUCUUGUAUCGGCAUUAUACUAUCUUCAUUCGCAUCGCAUAUUGCAUCGAGAUUUAAAGCCGCAAAAUAUAUUGUUAGAUCGCAACAUGUGUGCGAAGUUGUGCGAUUUUGGAUUUGCACGCAACAUGACAAUGGGUACUCAUGUGUUGACAUCGAUUAAAGGAACACCGCUAUAUAUGGCCCCAGAACUAUUGGAGGCAAAGCCCUACGAUCAUCACGCUGAUCUGUGGUCAUUAGGAUGCAUUAUUUACGAAAUGCUUGCUGGUGAACCACCGUUCAGUUCCACUUCGAUGAUACAUUUAGUUCGCCUCAUUCGCCACCAGUAUAUCAAAUGGCCCAGCUUCCUAACGACCAAUUGUAUUUCAUUUGUUCAAGGUUUACUUGAGCGUGAUCCUUCCAAACGUAUAAGCUGGAGCAGAAUUCUGAACCAUCCUUUCGUGAAAGGGCAUAUUGUGACUGUAGAUGAGAACGUUCCCCAAUCUCCCUUUACACAUCCGCUUACAGCUUCGCAAUCGCGAGAAAAAAAUAAUCAAGCCCAAAAAAUGAUGAACAAAGGGAAACACCAAACGCGGCAAACUUUAUCAUGCGACGAAGAUCUAACAACGUCUAAGGACAGUAUCUACGUAAUGUUACAAAGUGACAUAGAGUAUCAAGAAACAGAUACAGAGGAAUGCACAAAUUAUAUCAAAACCGGGGAAGAUUCUUUGACGAAUGCAGUCAACCUUACCUUUCAAGAGCAGGUUAAUAAUAUUUAUGAUGCAUGUACUGAUGAACAACAAACAAGGGCCAUUCUUUUUCUUGAAAAUCCAAAUCUUGCCGUCAACCGCUUCAAUGACAACUUUCCCAUCAUAUCAUUACAUCGAAAUGCACCUUUGGCUUCAUCCACCGUUGGAAAUGAUGGCUUAGAGCUUCUAACUUCCAAAGAAUGUGUUAUGCAGGGAUGUGCUGGCUCACAAGAACUAGAAAGACGAAAACUGAGUCAAAGCAUUGACAAUUUCUCAAUGCGCAUAGAAUCAGGCAUUGAAGCAGUCAAUCGAAACCCAGCAACAUGCAGAAUGUCCAGCCCUUCAGUUGUUGCUAAGGAUCAUCAAAAAGAAAAAAUCCCAGGAAAAUUUACUCCUAGCUUACUUCCCGGCUGGGACUCUUGUGAUGAAUCGCAAAACCCUCCCAUAGAAAACGAAGAAUGGCUUGCAUUCCUACAACGUUCUAUCCAGGAAGUAUUGGAUGGUGAAAUGGAAUCGCUAAAACAACAAAAUUUUGUGUGUAUUAUCGUCGCUCCAUUACGAAAUCGACGUGCAAGUGCGAAGGUAGUAGAGAAUGUAGCUCAUUUGCUUAGCCUUCCGUUAGCAAUCAGCACCCCACCAACAAUUUUAAGGGAUAUAAUUAAUGUGUAUGGAGAAUUGAAACUAGUACCGAACUUAGUAUACGCUUCGAAAUUGUUGUGCAACAAGCGAUUUAACGAAGAUUCUUCAACCAAUGAAAGUCAACCAGGGAUGGGCGGCAAUCAAUCGAUAUGCUCUGUUUGCCAAGUUUCUACAUUAGACAACGAUGAAAUUAAAACCCUUAUAGCCGUGUACGAUUUGAUGUGCUAUCUCAUUCACUUGGGGGAUAUGUUUCUGAGUCAGUUUUGCGAUGCUAUCGAAAUUCUUGGCGCAAAAGAGCUAUUUGUACAUUUCAUUGCCGCAGCUCAUGUCAAUCAUGAGUAUGUUCGACUAGUAUGUUCAUUACUAGCCCUUCUCAACUGUGCCUUACGGGAACUUCCGGAGAAUGCAGAAAUCAUCGAGCAAAUAGUAUUCCAUGAGAAUGUAAACUUAACCUUACUGUUGAAACACGAGAAUGCUUUCCUUCGACUUCGUACCUGCAUGCUACUUCGGAUAUUGGCCAGAUUCAGUUGUUUAGCUAUUCAAAAACGUUGGACAAACGAAAUUAAAGAACAGUUAGAAGAACUGCUGUUGGACGUCAAUCAGGAUGUUAAAAAGGAAGCAAAGAGUGCAAUCGAAGAAUUCAAAUAUCUUGGCUGUGUCACUGCGGAAACAUGCUGACUGGCGCUUAUUCAUAUACAGUGAACCUUUAUUCAUAUAUUAUACUUGUAUUUUUAAUACAAGCUUUAUGUAACUGAAAUUAUUGUAUAUAAUAGACUUUUUAUGUAUAAAUCGUCGGUAAUGAGUCAUGAUUGGCAUUAAUUCUCAACUUGAUCAUCCUCCGAUUAUCCUCGAUCGAUUAUCAUAAAAGGAUAACAUUAUUUUCCCAAGUAACAUGGGUAAUGCUUUCGAGAGAAAUUGAUUCUUGUUUAACACGUUUACAUUUCGCACAAGGAUCAAUAAUUGUUUUCACAGCUGAAAAAAUAUUUUAAAAUUGACAAAUUAUAAAUGAUUAUCUAUAUACAAAACAAUAUAUCAAAUAUUUAAAAUUCACAUUUUUGAACCCAAGUAACUCGAUUAAAGACUGUAAAUUAAAGUCGAAGAUUUCCAGAAAUGGUAGGGUAUCCAAGGGUUGAGUACCGCGAAGAAGAAAAUGAGUAUGAUUUCAACCAUUUAUACAUGUAUUGUUUAACGGACUAGAGUGUCACUGAGCAUAUUCAAUCUUAAUUACUAUAGGGUAAUAUAAGGGUACAUAAAAUUGUUUCACGGUUGAAACACUGUGGAAAAUUAAUUAGUACAGCGAUCCUUUUCAAACUGUGUGGCAAUGAAAUAUAAUCCUUAAGUAAGCCUUUGACAAUUUGAUUUCAUUUCUCUUUGUCACUCAUCAUGAUUUAUAUAA